AUGCGCGGGUUCAAUUUGGCAAGUGCCGCUCUCAUAUCAUUUUCAAUUUGGCAAGUGCCGCUCUCAUAUCAUUUUCAAUUUGGCAAGUGCCGCUCUCAUAUCAUUUUCAAUUUGGCAAGUGCCGCUCUCAUAUCAUUUUCAAUUUGCCAAGUGCCGCUCUCAUAUCAUUUUCAAUUUGGCAACUUCCGCUCUCAUAUCAUUUUCAAUUUGGCAGUGCCGCUCUCAUAUCAUUUUCAAUUUGGCAAGUGCCGCUCUCAUAUAAUUUUCAAUUUGGCAAGUGCCGCUCUCAUAUCAUUUUUCAAUUUGGCAGAGUGCCGCUCUCAUAUCAUUUUCAAUUUGGCAAGUGCCGCUCUCAUAUCAUUUUCAAUUUGGCAAGUGCCGCUCUCAUAUCAUUUUCAAUUUGGCAAGUGCCGCUCUCAUAUCAUUUUCAAUUUGGCAAGUGCCGCUCUCAUAUCAUUUUCAAUUUGGCAAGUGCCGCUCUCAUAUCAUUUUCAAUUUGGCAAGUGCCGCUCUCAUAUCAUUUUCAAUUUGGCAAGUGCCCGCUCUCAUAUCAUUAUCAAUUUGGCAACUUCCGCUCUCAUAUCAUUUUCAAUUUGGCAAGUGCCGCUCUCAUAUCAUUAUCAAUUUGGCAAGUGCCGCUCUCAUAUCAUUUUCAAUUUGGCAAGUGCCGCUCUCAUAUCAUUAUCAAUUUGGCAAGUGCCGCUCUCAUAUCAUUUUCAAUUUGGCAAGUGCCGCUCUCAUAUCAUUUUCAAUUUGGCAACUUCCGCUCUCAUAUCAUUUUCAAUUUGGCAAGUGCCGCUCUCAUAUCAUUAUCAAUUUGGCAAGUGCCGCUCUCAUAUCAUUUUCAAUUUGGCAAGUGCCGCUCUCAUAUCAUUAUCAAUUUGGCAAGUGCCGCUCUCAUAUCAUUUUCAAUUUGGCAAGUGCCGCUCUCAUAUCAUUUUCAAUUUGGCAAGUGCCGCUCUCAUAUCAUUUUCAAUUUGGCAAGUGCCGCUCUCAUAUCAUUAUCAAUUUGGCAAGUGCCGCUCUCAUAUCAUUUUCAAUUUGGCAAGUGCCGCUCUCAUAUCAUUUUCAAUUUGGCAAGUGCCGCUCUCAUAUCAUUUUCAAUUUGGCAAGUGCCGCUCUCAUAUCAUUUUCAAUUUGGCAAGUGCCGCUCAUAUCAUUAUCAAUUUGGCAAGUGCCGCUCUCAUAUCAUUAUCAAUUUGGCAAGUGCCGCUCUCAUAUCAUUUUCAAUUUGGCAAGUGCCGCUCUCAUAUCAUUUUCAAUUUGGCAAGUGCCGCUCUCAUAUCAUUAUCAAUUUGGCAAGUGCCGCUCUCAUAUCAUUUCAAUUUGGCAAGUGCCGCUCUCAUAUCAUUUUCAAUUUGGCAAGUGCCGCUCUCAUAUCAUUAUCAAUUUGGCAAGUGCCGCUCUCAUAUCAUUUUCAAUUUGGCAAGUGCCGCUCUCAUAUCAUUUUCAAUUUGGCAAGUGCCGCUCUCAUAUCAUUUUCACAACAAAGUCUGUUCCGUUUCUUUAUUUUCAUGUCUAUCUUUCUCAAAAAAGAUUGCUCGUAAAGAUAUGUUGUAA